AUGGAUGUCGAUUUGUGUGCGGGGGACAGCACGAGGAGGAAAGUGGACCUGACCGGGUCUGCAGAAGGCACCAUGGAUGUUAUACCCUUGGAGAUGUAUGACUCUGCAAGAGCUAAAAUAGCGGCCAACCUGCGGUGGCUAUUUGCUAAGGCAUAUGGCAUUGACCAUAUACCAGAGGACCUAAGGGACCCGUUCUACACAGACCAGUAUGACCAGGAACACAUCAAGCCCCCCGUCAUCCGCCUGCUGCUGUCCUGCGAGCUUUACUGUCGUGUCUGCGCCCUCAUCCUCAAGACUGAGCAGGCCGCAUCCCUCCAAUCACACCACUCUGUCAUCCAGUCUCUGGACAGGAAGGGCAUUUAUGUGGUGGAGAGUGAUGACACGGCUGUUACUGAAGAGGAUCUGGCUGGUAUGCCCAUUAAAAUGAGUGCUCACAUCCCCAUGAUUGAUGCCCUGAUGAUGGCAUACACAGUGGAGAUGAUCAGCAUUGAGAAAGUGGUAGCUUCUGUGGAGCGCUUUUCGACCUUUAAUCCCUCCAAAGAACUUCCCUUUGACUUGGAGGAUGCCAUGGUUUUCUGGAUCAACAAGGUAAACACUAAAAUGAGGGAAAUCAGUGAAAAGGAACACAAAGUCAAGCACCACCUUCUGGAAUCCCCCAGCCACCAAAAGUCUCCCUCCAAAUGGUAUUGGAAACUUGUCCCUGUACGAUACCGUCGGGAGCAUGCGUCAGGUCGUCAUCUUCCCUUCUUCCCAUUGCUGGAAGAUCUGAUGAGAGACGUCAGCGAUGGAGCUGCGUUGCUCACAGUUGUCCACUACUACUGCCCAGACCUUAUGAAACUGGAGGAUAUUUGCUUGAAGGAAGUUCCCUCCAUGGCUGAUAACCUGUACAACAUUCAGCUGCUCAGAGAGUUUGCUAAUGAGUACCUGAAUAAAAGUUUCUAUCUGACAACAGAAGACAUACUCUACUCGCCUCUUGUGCUCAAGCAAAAUAUGAUGGUUUUUAUUGCUGAACUGUUUUGGUGGUUUGAGACCGUCAAGCCAGAAUUUGUUGUGCCCAGGGAUCUACAAGAGUCGAAAGAUGCUCGAGCAGUUGCUCAGCCAAAGACGUCUCGUCCAUCAGUGCCCAUUUCCAACGCCACUAAGCGCAGCUUCUUGACCAGUACUGGAAUGACUGAUAACCAGUGCAGCCCUGAAAUCUGUAGCAGUAGAGGAGGUCCAUCCUUUAGCCCUUCCCACCCACUCUUGCCUUUACGCCAGAGGCAACAGAAGCCUCAAGGAGAUGAUGCAGGUAAAAGUCUAAGGAACCGCUCCAACUCCUUGACACAGAUGGACAGACAGGCCCGAGGUUCUGUUGUUGCUUGGCCAGACAAGAGACAAAGGCCAGUGUCUACGCUGAGCCCCUUCAUGUGCCAUUCAGCUACAGACAGUGACGCAGAUGUUGCUUCAGGCGAUAGUGUCAGCCUGGCUCGAUCAAUAAGUAAAGACAGUCUGGCGUCCAAUGUCAUCAACGUUACACCAAAACACCAGACUUCCCUUCACCAGCCCACAUUAGCACAGAUGCGCAGAGUUAAUGGUCACAGUCUCUUAGGAAAAGUCAAUCUGGAUUACGAAGAAGAAUCUCUAGUGGCAGUGGCGAGGACAGAUGUUGCUUCUGUUUCCAAACAACUUGAUGGAAGCCAAGCGCCUGCCUCGGUGCAACCAGAGUCAAAAUCUAAACCUACACCUGAUGGAUUCUACCUUGAACCACUGUUGCCUGCUGUACUGAAACCAGCUAAAGAAAAGUCUGUAUGCCUGAACAAGGAGGAGGAGAGUGGAGAAGUGCUCCGGUCCUCCGGAAGGGGCUUCCCACGCAGGGGGGAUGGAUCUUCUCCUGUAGUUCAUAAGAAAGCUUCCGUCAGCCUGAACAAAACAUUUACCUCUACGAGUGAGGAGCAUGACUUGAUGGAUGAGCCUCCUCAAGCUCAGGCAAGUUUCAGACCAAUUGCCACAAGCAGUGUGGACACGUCGUCAAAAGAGCCAAGUGUAGGGUUUUACCUGCAUUCAGAUUCUGAGGAGACAAAGCCUUGCCCAAGCCUUGAUGCUGAUCUGGAAGACCUGGAUGAAGAGGAUGAAGAUUUGGAUGAGGCAGUUUCUGCAAAAGAUCUAGAUUGGCCAAGGAAAUGCUUUAAUGAGGAUGAUGAAGAGGAAUCAGCCAAACUUCAGGAGGACAUGAAUGUUAAAGAGCAUGAGGACAAAGACAUUAACGGCUGCAGCGGUCGCUCCAGCCCCUGCCUGAGCGCUUACUCCCAGGCCAGCAGCGUGGCCAGCGGAAGUGUACGUAUGACCUCUUUUGCAGAGCGUAAAGCCCAGCAGCAGCGCUUCGGCAGUAACCAUGACUUAAGAUCCAGUGCCUCCAGCUCGCAGAGGACCACUCCAGAUGGAUCUGAGAGUAGCGGGCCCCUGCCCUCCUCUUGGAGGCUCAAAAGAGACCAGAGUCCCUCAUCCCCCUUGGGAGGUUGCAAUCGUGCAGGUGAUGGUAUACUGGCAUCGGAAAUGGUGCAGUUGCGCAUGCAGUUAGAGGAAAAGCGCCGCGCCAUCGAACAUCAGAAGAAAAAGAUGGAAGUACUGUCGGCCAGGCAGAGGCAGAAGCUGGGUAAAGCUGCCUUCCUGCAUAUAGUAAAGAAGGGUGGUGGCAAGGGCGCUACAUUGCCUAAUCCAGUUAAAGCCGAACCCUCCAAAGAAGAGCUCAAUGGUGAGAAAGUAACAUCGUCCGCGAAAGACGAUAUGUGUGUCGAUGCCCUGAGAGGGGACAAAGAGCUGGAGGGACUCACUCCCCCAGGUGCCUUAGAAGCAGAAACAAAGGGAAACAAUGGCAGUUUUUACCAAGAAGAAGAGUUGGACCUGAAUGAGUGCAACCGCUCUAUCGAGUUGCUGCAUGAAGCCAUUAGUAGUAUCCAGCAGCAAAUGAUGCAACUGUCCCUUCAACAGGAUAUGAUGAUGAAGCAGAAUGUAUUGUCUCCUCCCGGUGCUAUGCCUCAGUCUGUCACUACUGACAAAAACCAUGACUCUCAUUAUUCGGAGCAGCUAUCCACCACUGGCACUGCACCCUCUAGGAAACCCACCAAACUGAGCUCUGGCCGGAGCUCCAGAUCAAAACACUUAGAGCUAAAGACGAGCAAGGAGCAAACCCGGCACACUUCCAAGACCCUGACGCCCUCCCAGAGUGGACCGGAGACUCAUGCAAAGCAAUCAUCUGGAGGCAGGUCCCCCAGAAACGAGCACCUGGACCCACACAGUCUCAGAAACCCUCCCACUGGAGAGACUGUCAACAAAACCACCUCCAGCCAGGCCCGGAGCUCCGCUUUUAGGCUUCAUGAUGAUGCCAACAUGCGACUACCGACCAGAGUGGACCUGAAUGCCGUGUCUGCGCCAGAAGUGUCCUUUGACGACUGCCUGUCCAGCACCGUGAAAGACUCGCAGCUCAAUGCCUCAGACAGCUCAGGCAAAGAGAACGUUCUGAUGGAGGAAGUGCAGCGCAGCAAAGCUCACCUAAUUGAGGUCGAUAUGUCAGAGCUGAAGGACCCGGAUGAUGAGGAAGGUGCUGAUGGAACCACUGAUGAAGGAGAUGGAGAGCAGAAGUCAGUCAUGGGCUUUUUCUUCAAGGACGAGCAGAAAGCAGAGGACGAGCUAGCCAAGAAGAGAGCGGCAUUCUUGCUGAAGCAGCAGAAGAAAGCGGAGGAGGCUCGUCUCCGCAAGCAGCAGCUUGAAGUGGAAUCCGAGCUCAAGCGUGAUGAGGCCAGACGGAAGGCUGAGGAGGAUCGCUUGCGCAAGGAGGAUGAGAAGACGCGGCGGGAGCUAAUAAAGCAGGAAUACCUACGGAGGAAGCAGCAGGAGAUCUUCGAGGAGCAGGGUCUGGUCAAGCCCAAGACACCCAAACCCAAACAGAAACACAGACCCAAGACCAUCCUCAGGGAGGAGUCAUCCAGCGACACUGUUUCAAAGUGCUCUUCUUCCACACCCGACAACCUGACCACAGCCCAAUCAGGAUCCAGUCUGUCGCUGGCCUCCGCUGCCACCAACGAGGCGGAUAGCGUUAACUCCGGGGGUGCGGGAUCCCAACGCUGUGACUCCGUGGAGUCCUUCCCUGGAAGUCGCAACCACAGUCGGGCCGCAGAAAGAGACUGGGACAACGGCUCCACUGCGUCUUCUAUCGCUUCCUUGGCUGAGUACACAGGCCCCAAACUUUUCAAGGAGCCAAGUGCCAAAUCGAACAAGCCAAUCAUCCACAAUGCUAUUUCACACUGCUGUUUGGCCGGAAAAGUCAACGAGCCGCAGAAGAAUCAAAUCCUUGAGGAACUGGAGAAAUGUGAGUCCAAUCACAUGAUGAUCCUGUUCCGUGACGGCGGCUGCCAGUUCCGUGCGCUCUACUCCUACUUCCCGGACACGGAGGAAAUCCAUAAACUGACCGGCACGGGGCCCAAAAGCAUCAGCAAAAAGAUGAUCGACAAGUUGUACAAGUACAGCUCUGACCGCAAGCAGUUCACAGUCAUCCCUGCCAAGACCGUGUCGGUCAGCGUGGACGCACUGACCAUCCACAACCACCUGUGGCAGGCCAAGAGGGGUGCGACGUCUAAGAAAAGCGCAAAAUAG